AUGACAGAGAUGACCAAUCUCAAAGGUGAGUUCCUCAUGAACCAAGCUUCCAAUGAGAAAUGCCUGAACGAUUUCGCGGAAACCUUGCGCAAUUACGAGAGAGAGAACCGAGACCUUGCCAGACUCAUCUACCGUUUCUUCGAAGAGAUAGACGCCAUCUGGAAGGUACUCGGAAAGGACAGAACAUGCAACACCGUACUUCGUGAGUACCAAAUUGAAGAAGGAAUUUUCGAGGAAGAAGAGAAACACGAAGAAGAAGAGGAAGAAGAAGAGAAACACGAAGAAAAGGAAGUUUGGGCAACCCUUGUUGCCGAUGACGGUUACGAAAUUUCCCAACCCUACCCAUACAAAAUCCGCAACAAGGAGACCGGCAAGGUUCUUACCCCAGUCCUCAACAACUUGGGACACUUGAGCCUUACCCUUCGGAAUUACGGUACAAUUUCCAUGGGAAGGCUUGUCGGUAUGCAAUGGGUUCCAAAUCCAAACAAGAAGACGAAGGUCAGACACAUUGACGGUGACAAGCUCAACAACCGUAAGGAGAACCUCGAGUGGUUCUAA